CAAUUUGAUAGGAGUCAAACAAAAUGUUAACCUAACUUAUGAAUCAGAUAUGUGGUAAUUUUAAUUACCAGGAAAUAAUGUAAAUAAAAAAAUUGAAUUUAAGAAUAUCAUCUUAAUGUAAUUUGUCCAAAAUGGGUGCUAAGACUGAAACUAGUUUAAAGAAUUUUUUCGUUUUCAAUCCAACUUUUGGAAUCAAAGAAGGGGAGGAGUUGAAUAAAAUUUUUUACUAUCAUCCAGUCACUGAUCAUUGUGAGGUACAGAUUAAAAAUGUAGGAUUGGUUGAAGGAAUACUUAAUUUCACAGGGACUUUUAAGGUGAAUUCUGAUAUAACAAGCUUGCACACUCAAAAAACAAGGCAGUUAAUUCUAGAAGUCGAAAAAGAUUUUUGGAUGGUUAUGAUUCUAGAGAUACCUACCUUAACCAAAAUGAAAGAUGGAGCUAUGAUAUGUGAAUAUUUAGAGGAGGAAAUUCAGGAUAAAGUUUAUGAAUCUGUUUUGAGGCAUGCAUAUGCAAUGUAUAGAUUAUUCUGGAAUACGUUUCAAUCCACGUUACAAAAGGAUGGUGUUGAAGUUCUAAAGACAAGAUUAGCAAAUUUUUAUUCAGCGUAUUUCAAAAAUAUGAAACUGGCUCAUGCAGAUAUAUUAAAUAUUUUUUGUGGUAUUCAAUAUCUACCGCUAGAUAAAUUGACCUUCCUAAAGGUGCAAUGUUUAAUAAGCGCAUUAGAAUGUGAUUUUCCAAUUGUUGAGUAUUCAGCAUUUCUGUACAAUGAUCAUUUGAUUUGGAGUGGCCUGGAACCAAGUGAUAUGCAAACCCUCUAUCAAUAUUUAAUACGUACAUUAUUACCAGCUAGUGUAGAAGUGGAACUUCAAGGUGGUUCUAUGCCAAGAAACUCAAAUUCUCCAUUUUCUGUAUUACGACAUGGAAGGUUUGUCACAGGCCCAACAAAUUUAAAGAAUGCAAAAACUACAGGGAAGAUUCCGAAAAUAUAUACCUUCUCUGGAUCAUUAGGUGUAUUUAAUUUGGUUGUUUAUAGAGCAUUGAGUGCAUCUUUGUGUCUUUUUAUCAGGGAAAAUAAAGAGCUAACUUUAGAGUUCUUCCAGAACUUCGAUAGUUAUAUCAGUUCAAAACUGACAUCUCUGGUAUCGGAAAUAGCCGAAUACUGUUCCAAGCAGGUUUCAACCCCAUCCAAUGUUCCUGAUAAUACCCCAAAGUUCAUAUACUUCAACAAAUUCAAUUUAGCCUAUAAAAGUACUGUUCAUCUGGACAAUAAACAAUCUGGAAAUGUAUCAAUUAGUGAAGAGCAGCUAAAGAUAAUAGCAGAUAUGAAGAGUUACCAUGAACCUACUGAGGAUUCUACAGAGACUGUGAUAAAAACCUUGAAUGAUUAUUGGGUAGUUGCAAAAACAUCAAAUCAUAGAGAGUUUUAUGUUGUAGAACAACAGAAGAACGCACACCUUAUUGAUAUAAGUAAUGAUAUUAAAAGUUUAUGUCAGUCAGAACUGAAAGGGAUAUUCUUUCAACCCCUUUGACCCUUGAGUGAAUGGAAAAAAAUUAUAUAGAUAUUCAAUUAUAUGUAAAUGAGAAAACGAAUACUAAAGAAAUAAUUAUAUUUAAUAACUAAAAUGGUAAUAUCAUUUACAAUAAAUAACAUAAGUAGAAGAAGUGACCCGAAUUUGUCAUCAGUACAUAUUCCUAAUCUAGGAUAAAUAUAUAACAAAACCACUGGCUGCUGGUAACUUUUGAUAAUUCAGGGUAUGAAUACCAAUUCGUAAUUGGAUUGCCUGAAUAAAAUUUCCAGUUCUGAAUCCAAACCGAUUUUCUCCACCCUGAGUACUCUUGAGUUGAUACUAUUGGGUUCUUUUCUUACAACAGCAAGUCCACAAACUCUCAUAAGAUAUUGUUCGCUCUCUGUUGAACAUCGGCCUGGAGUGGUUAACCAUACAUGACAGAUAACAUCAACAUGGAUGUAUUUCUGGAUUGCAAAUUUGCCAUCUUUUGUUGGUAUCUGGAACAAAUUGAAAGUAAAUUACACUCAGAUGAAGACAAUUUCAUGCUAAUUGGUUUUCUUGUGAUGAUUUAAUACUAUUUAAUGUGAAUAUUUCUUAAUAUAAUAUUUAAAAAAAGUUGAAACCUA